AUAAAUUCAGAAGUUCUCAAAGCGUAUGUAAAGGAUUGUUUGGCAUAAAAACAAACCUUUUCUUUUUCACAUUGGCCUUUUCAUUUUAAUAUUGCAUUGCUUCAAGAUGGUAAUGACAGCUAAUUAUGUCAAAUAAUUUGUUGCAUUUUUCAUUUAAGUACAAUUCUUUAUGAUUGAAAAUGAAAAUUGAAUCAUUAAUUUUUUUUUUAAUUUUGACAUACUUUGUGGACACAUUUGACUGAUUUAUAAUAUGCAAAAAAUACCUUCCAUAACUCUCAUACUCUCUAAUAUAUAUAUAUAUAUAUAUUUAUAUUAUUUAUUAUAUAUUUAUAUAGUGGCACGUGAAAGUCGGUGAACCCCUUGCAGAAUCUGUGAAAAUGUGAAUAAUUUUAACAAAAUAAGAGAGAUAUACAAAAUGCAUGUAAUUUUUUUAUUUAGCACUGUCCUGAGAAAGAUAUUUUACAUAAAAGAUGUUUACAUAUAAUCCACAUGACAAAAAAAAAAAAAAUAGCUGAAUUUUUUUAAAUAACCCCGUUCAAAAGUUUGGGAACCCUUGGUUCUUGAUACUGUGUGUGGUUACCUGGAUGAUCUACGACUGUUUUUUUGUUUUGUGAUGGUUGUUCAUGAGUCCCUCACCUAUACCUCGACAGUACGCUUAUUGUAUUUUUUUUUUUUUUUUACUGUAUUCGAUCAUUUGUAAGUGUGAACUCGUGAAAACAACUGCCACAGGUAAUCAGACAUUAUUUCUUUAUUUAUUUAUUAAAUAUUAAAUUUUGGUGUUUUAUCGUAUUCAAAUCUAUAAAUCAAAAUAUGUAUUGCAUUUAUGAAGAAAAGGUUCAGCACCCAAGACUCUUAUCACUAUUGGCUCAGUGGUGUUCAGUGUCUUUGGGUGGAUUGAUGAGGCAUAUUGGCAGCAACGGCCAUUAGGAUUGUUUGUGAUUUGGUUUAAAUUGAAAAUUGCUACACGAAUGCUUCCAAACUAAAACUAAACUAGCUCCUAAAUCUGAAACGUUAGGAGUAAUCAAGAGGACUAAUUAGUUGAAAUGUAAUAUGUAAAAUGGCAAUGCAUUUCUGUAUUUAAUUUUCCAUACCAUAUGUGCAAUAUUUGGAGCAAAAUGAAUAUUCAAAUUCAAUAAUUUAAUUUACAUUUGCUAUUUCCUACACUAGUUUUAACAUAUACUUUAAACAUAUAUUUUAACGCUUUAUAAGUUGCAAAAUUAAAAUGUAUUACAGAAAUGAUAUAUGUUUAACAUGUUCGUCUUUAUUGCAAUCAAUAAAACUGUUUUUUGGCAAAUUAGGUAAGUGUGAUAACUGCAUUAAAAAUAUAAAUUAAAAAAGCAACCAUUGAUGAUGAUUUUGUGUCGAUGUACAGUGAGUACAGAAUGACAGCUAACAGUUCACUGGAAAUGCCCAAGCUGGCUUAACAAAAACCAGGAAGUAACUGUGCUUAUGGUCAAUUGAGCAUCAAUUAAACACCAGAGCCUACCUGAGUAUUGUUGCUGACCAUGACCAUCCCUUUAUGACCACAUUGUACCAUCUUCUGAUGGCUACUUCCAACAGGAUAAAGCACCGUGUCACAAAGCUCAAAUAAUCUCAAACUGGUUUCUUGAACAUGACAAUGAAUUCACUUUGCUCCAAACAUUGCACAUAUGGGUAUGGAAAAUGUAAAUUUAAAUACAGAAAUGAAAAUUGCUACACGAAUGCUUCCAUUGUUUUAGCGUUAAAGGGCUUUGUGAAAUACUCUUAGAGCAAAAAUUUAGGAGUCCUAAAAUUAGGACUGACACACCCAUUAUUUUCAAGAGUUUGCCUAAAUUGACAAGUUAUGAGCUACUUUUAGCCUUGAAUCUUAAGGGCCCGUAACAGUCUUUUCAACCACACAGUAUUAUUUCUAUUUGUGAAGCACCAACUCAAUCUGAAUGUUCGCUCAUACUUGUCAAAGAUUUACUAGACAGACAAAUCGCUGUUAUUUCAGAAUAAGAUCACAUGGGUGGUUGAAUCGAGAUCCCAAUUUUUUUUUUUUUUAUAAUUAAUUGUGCAGCUUUACAAUAGAGUGUGUGUGUGUUAAUGGAAAUGCAGUCUCUUUUCAGGCUAGACAAACAGUUUACAUUAAAUCAGAAAAUAUCCUGGAUCAUUUCAGAUCCAUUUUCACAUAUUUAAAGUAGCAAGUUCUGAUCCAAUUUUCAGCCAUAAUCUGUUCUUUCUAGUUAAUUAACCUGAAGUGGUCUGCUCUGAUGAUCAGUUUGUUGAUGCAUUAUUAUUAUUUUUUUUUUUUUUACACUAUACUUUUCCAGCCAUGUCUUGAACACACACAAAAAAAUAAAAAAAAAAAAAAAAAUAAAAAAAAGGAUCAAUCACAAUGCAACUUCUAAAAAAAACAAAAAAAACAAAGAGAACAACACUAUUUUAUUUGGCAUUGUGGCAUUCAAAGAUUUUCUAUAAUCAAUGUCAGAUUUGAUUACCAACACACGAGUGGUUUGAUCUUUCAAAAUCACUUGGGUGAACAGGGAGUACUGGAUUUUGCAGAUAGUCUUGAACCACAAGGAGAUUUGGUUUCUUCAAGCAGGAGUGCACCAUGUACCUUAGAGAUAAGGGAAUUGGAUUCUUCCAGUAGUAAAGCACUCCUAGAGGGGAAAGAACCAGAUAACUUGGAGGAUCUAAAAUUGACUUUUCCAGAGAGAACAGAACUUGAGGUUUUGGAGAAGAGAGAACUGGAUUCAAAAUACAAUCUAGGAUUCUCAGAGGGUAAAAGGGAUUUCCUACUUGAACUGAACUCCUCAGAGGGCCUUGAUCUAAAAGCAGGCUUCCCAGAGGGUUUCUCAGGUUUAAAGUUGGAUUUCACAGAUGACCACUUCUCAGGUUCAAGAUAGGAUUUCUCAGGAGAAGCACUAGGUUUCUCAUGUUUUAAGCUCGGCUUCUUAGAGAGGAUGGAAGAGUUGCAUUCCAUUAGGCCAGAGGGUUUAUGUUUACAACUGAAGUUCACUAAACGUCUUGGAAGAGACAUAGACUUCUCAGAGAGAAAGAAAGAACUGGCAUUCACAGAAGUGUUGCGUUUAUCAAGAACACUGGAUUUCACUGUGGCAAUAGACUUGGGUAUAUCCAAUUUAGGAGUCAGUUUCUUAGAGGUUAGAUAACUAGAUUUGUUAGAUGGGAGGGAAGAACUGGGUUUCAUAGCAGCACUGGGUUUUUCAGGUUUAGGGCUGGGCUUCUGAGAAGGAUGAGAGCUAGACUUCUCAGAUGGAGAGGAACUGGGUUUCUCAGGCUUAGAACUGGGUUCCAUGGGAGCACUAGGUUUCUCAGGUUUAGAACUGGGUUUCUCAGGAUGAGAGCUAGACUUCUCAGAUGGAGAGGAACCAGGUUCCAUGGCAGCACUAGGUUUCUCAGGUUUAGAACUGGGUUUCUCAGGAUAAGAGCUAGACUUCCCAGAUGGAGAGGAACCAGGUUCCAUGGCAGCACUAGGUUUCUCAGGUUUAGAACUGGGUUCCAUGGGAGCACUAGGUUUCUCAGGUUUAGAACUGGGUUCCAUGGGAGCACUAGGUUUUUCAGGUUUAGAACUGGGUUUCUCAGAAGGGUGGGAGCUAGAUUUCUCAGAUGGAGAGGAACCGGGUUCCAUGGCAGCACUAGGUUUCUCAGGUCUAGAACUGGGUUCCAUGAGAGCACUAGGUUUCUCAGGUUUAGAACUUGGUUCCAUGGGAGCACUAGGUUUCUCAGGUUUAGAACUGGGUUUCUCAGGAUGAGAGCUAGACUUCACAGAUGGAAAGGAACUGGGUUCCACGGGAGCACUAGGUUUCUCAGGUUUAGAACUGGGUUUCUCAGGAUGAGAGCUAGACUUCUCAGAUGGAGAGGAACUGGGUUCCAUGGGAGCACUAGGUUUCUCAGGUUUAGAACUGGGUUCCAUGGGAGCACUAGGUUUCUCGGGUUUAGAACUGGGUUUCUCAGGAUGAGAGCUAGACUUCACAGAUGGAAAGGAACUGGGUUCCAUGGGAGCACUAGGUUUCUCAGGUUUAGAACUGGGUUUCUCAGGAUGAGAGCUAGACUUCCCAGAUGGAAAGGAACUGGGUUCCAUGGGAGCACUAGGUUUCUCAGGUUUAGAACUGGGUUCCAUGGGAGCACUAGGUUUCUCAGGUUUAGAACUGGGUUUCUCAGAAGGGUGGGAGCUAGAUUUCUCAGAUGGAGAGGAACCGGGUUCCAUGGGAGCACUAGGUUUCUCAGGUUUUGAACUGGGUUUCUCAGAAGGGUGGGAGCUAGAUUUCUCAGAUGGAGAGGAACCGGGUUCCAUGGGAGCACUAGGUUUCUCAGGUUUAGAACUGGGUUUCUCAGAAGGGUGGGAGCUAGAUUUCUCAGAUGGAGAGGAACCGGGUUCCAUGGGAGCACUAGGUUUCUCAGGUUUAGAACUGGGUUUCUCAGGAUGAGAGCUAGACUUCUCAGAUGGAGAGGAACUGGGUUCCAUGGGAGCACUAGGUUUCUCAGGUUUAGAACUGGGUUCCAUGGGAGCA